GGAGGCCAUGUCUACUCCAGUCAAAGUUACGACCACGCCCGCCAUUAAAAAUGCCCCGCUCGUCGGGUUGGCCGAGGGCAAUGGCUCUUUCAACAACCUCCAUCUCGCCGCCCUCGUCCUCGGCGUGCCGUGGUUCGUAAAGCGGACGCUUCCCCUUGUCAACCGCGGUGGCUUCAAGACGUACCUCUUCCUGGUGCUGCUGCUGGGUCUGCCCAUUACGAUUGCGUACUGGACCGUUAUGAGCAUGUAUGGCCAGAGGAAGAACGAGAAGGUCCAGCUUCCUGGCAAGGACAUCGAGGAGUACAUCACGCUCAAGGACCCGGAGCUGCGCGCGCAGUACAAGGGCAAGGAGAAAAUCCCGAUGCAGGUGUUCCACGACGCGUUCUUUGACGGGAAGGCUGAGUUCAACGGCGAUGUCCUGGACAUCAUGGAGCAGCGUCACGACUGGGCAAAGAUGGUCUUUACGCCCGAACUGUUCAAACACGUAUUCUUUGGCCUCAUCCCCGACGUGAUAUUCCACACUCGCAGCCAAGACGAGGAGCAAGUCCGUGGCCAUUAUGAUCGUGGUGAUGAUUACUAUGAAUGGUUCUUGGGACCGAGCAUGGUCUACACCUCUGGCAUUGUGCAAGACCUCUCGCGCGAAGAGACCCUGGAGGAACUGCAGACGAACAAAAUCUCCGUCGUAUGCGAGAAGCUCGGGCUGACGCCCGAGGACCGCCUCCUCGAUGUCGGUUGCGGAUGGGGUUCCCUGGCUGCCUUUGCUGCCAAGAACUAUGGCUGCGACGUCACCGGUAUCACGCUGGGCAAGAACCAGACCAAGUUCGGGAAUGACAGGAUCAAGGCUGCCGGCGUCACUCACGACAAGGCGAGAAUUCUCUGCAUGGAUGCCAGAGAAAUCCCUGGCGGUCCCGGCCAUUACACCAAGAUUGUCUCCUUGGAGAUGGCCGAGCACGUAGGUAUUCGCCGUUACGCCUCGUUCCUUCGCCAGAUGUACGACCUCCUGGAUGACAAUGGCGUCUUCGUCAUGCAAGUCGCCGGCAUUCGUCCCUCAUGGCAAUACGAGGAUCUCAUCUGGGGUCUGUUCAUGAACAAAUACAUCUUCCCCGGCGCCGACGCGAGCUGCUCUCUCGGCUGGGUCAUCAAGCAGGUCGAGGCCGCCGGAUUCGAGGUCAAGAACAUCGACGUGCUGGGUGUGCACUACUCGGCGACCAUCUUCCGGUGGUACAAGAACUGGAUCUCAAACAAGGACAAGGUCAUUGCCAAGUACGGCGAGCGCUGGUAUAGGAUUUGGGUCUUCUUCCUGGCGUACUCGACCAUCACUUCUCGGCAAGGAUCUGCAUCCGUCUUCCAGAUCACGAUGCACAAAAACUUGAAUGCCUACCCGCGCAUUGAGGGCGUGAAGAACCACGCGUCCAUCCUCGUCAAACCCCAAAGGGAGAUCUCUGCUGUCUUCUAAUCGUACGAUCUCCCAACUUAUGGGACGGCCGCAGGUUAGACGUUAGACGACCGUGCGAGACGUUCAAGUAUAUUAUUACGACAUUUAGCUAAUGAUAUGAUACUCGUUGAAUGCUCCAAGCAACAACUCACUGCC